AUGGCCAGAGCAUUAGCCAUGCAGUUAAUUCAGCGUGGAUUAGGCCAUGAAGAACCCAUCGGCAUAUUGGCUACCCACGGAUCACACCAGGUUAUUGCACAACUAGCCAUCAUCUACAUGGGCGGCACUUGCGUUCCGCUAGACCCGGACCGACCUCAGUCGGACACGCAGACACAGUUACAAGUGGCCGGUGUUAAGAACAUGGUCGUUGAUGAUGCGUUUCAACAUCGGCAUCUACCCGUAACAAAGAUCCCGCUGUUACAAAGCCCCGAUGGGGGGCACACGGCAGGCAAUGCAGCAGCUCUCCCACUUGAAACCAAGGCCGAUUUCCGUUCGCACAUUCUCUUCACCUCGGGCACCACUGGUACCCCAAAGGCUGUUGAAAUCCUAGCCCGUGGUAUCGUGAGGCUUGCACGCGACCCUGUCUACGGCCCGCGGUCCUCGGACAUAGUUGGCCAUCUUAGCAACCCUUGUUUUGACCUCUCGCUCAUGGACAUAUGGGCGUCACUACUCAAUGGCUCAACAAUUGCGGCGUUGGAUAGGCGUGAGGCUUUGCUUCCGAAAAGUCUAGACCGUAUGCUCAAGGAGAAUCACGUCACGUAUCUGCUUAUGCCGACUGCUGUUUUCCACAUUGCUGCUCCCGUAUGCCCGACUGCGUUUUCAGAAUGCCACACGGUUGUGAUUGGGGGAGAAUCUCCAGAUCUCAAGGCCUGUGAGAUGGUUCUAAAUAGUGAUGGUCCCCCAACUCGCCUCAUCAAUGGCUACGGCCCAACCGAGUGUUCCGUUCUGGCACUCGUACACGUCAUUACGUCCAAGGACACAGCAAGAGGUUAUCUUCCGAUUGGAAAACCCUUAAAUGAGACGUGUGCUCUGGUGCUGAAUGAGUCGUACGACCCCGUGACUGGACAAGAAAAAGGCGAGCUCUUUCUCGGUGGCCAGGGACUUGCCCGUGGCUACCUCAACGACCCGGAUGCAACAGCCAAGGCCUUUCUCCAUGUUGGACAGCCCGAGUCGAAUGGCAAGACUGUCCGGAUGUUCCGUACUCGGGACUCGGUAUAUUCAGAUGCCACCGGUAAUAUAGUCUGGCUAGGCCGAAAUGACCGCGUUGUCAAGGUCAAGGGCGGAUACCGGGUUAACCUGGACGCCAUUGAAACCGAGCUUCUAUCCACAGACUUGGUUCAUGCGGCUGUGGCCAUGAAGAUAAUCCCCCCGGGCGCGAAAUCAAGCAUUCUAGUGGCAUGUGUUGCCUUGACAUCGUCUCAUUCGGAUAGUUCAUCGCUUCUUGCCCUGAUCCGAUCUCGUCUCCCAAGCUACAUGGUUCCGCAGAUUGUUUCGUUCGACACCCUGCCAUUAACACCAAAUGGAAAGGUGGAUAAACGUGCGGCGACGAGGCUUCUCAUGGACAUGCUUCAAGAGGCCACCCAUAUCGACAACGAGCCGGACCCCGACAUGUACACGCAAACAGAGAGAGCCUUAAAAAAGCUCUGGCUACAAAGCCUGCAUGUUGUCCCCCGAGCAAGCAUUCACCCCGGUGCCGACUUUUUCACAUUGGGGGCCACGUCUCUAGAGGUCGCGGUCCUGAUAUCGGGCAUACACCAAGUAUUUCGGGUGAUGCUGUCGGCGCACACUAUAUACAAGGUGCCCAGACUUGGUGACUUGGCAACAUGUAUCGACGGCAUGGUGGCUGCCGGAUCGACGCGCGACAACGAAGCAACUACACAGGCACUGCUUGCUGAUGCUAGUCAAUGGAGGCAGGUUUCCAUUCCCACUACCCCCCCGGUUAACUGGCUCGACAAGGAUGAAGGAAACGUGUUUCUUACGGGUGCUACGGGCUUCGUUGGCGCGCAUUUACUCGUCGAUUUGCUACGAUGCCCUCAGGUAAGGUCGGUAUGUUGUCUCGUCCGUUCCGACUCGCAGGCAUCAGCCCGCAAAAAGAUGGGCAGAAAUCUCGAAAAAUACCACCUGGAACAUCUUGCUACUGAAUUCGAGUCAAAAAUCAAGAUUCUCCUGGGAGAUUUUUCCAAGCCACGGCUUGGAUUGAGUGAGCCCGCCUUCUUGGCUCUUGCGGAAAGCACAAGUGUUGUAUUUCAUCUCGGUGCCCAGAUUAACUACAACGAGCCGUACCUGGCCAACCGCGCUGCGAAUAUGACGGGGGUCUUGAACAUGAUCCGGUUGGCCGUCGCGUCGCGGCCAAAGGCACUACACUACGCGUCGAGCAUGGCUGCCUUUGGACCAACUGGCCUGUUGGCGGACAAAGUAGAGGAACUCACGGAAGAUGCGCCUUUGCAACCGUAUCUCGAUACAACGGUUGCAUACGAGACGGGCUACGGCCAGAGUCAAUGGGUCUCGGACGAGAUGCUUUGCCAGUUGAUGAAGCGAGGUUUUCCGGCCGCCGUGUAUCGCAUGGGUGCUGUCGUGUGCAAUAGCAGGGACGGCGUAGGUAACCCGGAUGAUUUUCUGAGCCGGCUUACAGCAGAUUGCUUCCGUUUAGGGAUAUAUCCUCAUCUUCCGGACCAGCGUAAGGAAAUGAUACCGGUCGACUAUGUCGCUCCAGCAAUGAGAAUGAUGGCCAUGUCCAAUAAGAAUCUUGGCAAGGUAUAUCACCUUACCCCUGGUGUUCGAGAAAAUAUAUCCGUCAACGAGUACUUUCGAAUCGCACAGCAGCACACCGGCAUCGCCCUGUCUGCCUUGGCAUAUGGAGAUUGGGUACACGCUCUCCUACAGGCGGACAAGUCGGGUGUAGAGCUUGGGUUGAAGCCGCUGUUUCCGAUGCUAAUGGAAAAGGUCAAGAACGGUAGGACGCGGUGGGAAUUAUAUGAGGGAAUGGCCAUGUUCAACAAUGACAAGACGGUGGCUGCACUAAAAACCUCGGAGCACUUCCAGUCACUCCGGCCAGCGCCGAUCAACCCCAAAGACUUGCAUGCUUACUUUGAUAACAUUCUUUCUCGAGGUUAA